CUAAUUAAACCCAAUUGUGAUAUUGAGACCACAUAAUACCAAGGAAACAACAAACAUGACCCUUUUAAGACUUGGGGAGUUAAGAGAGGCUUGGCACGUGCGAAGACUGCGAGUAGUUUGGUGUUGGUGAAGAAUCAGCAGCUCCCAUCGAACUAACAGGAUACUUACUUGCCGCUGUGGUGCUCUACAGAAUGGGGGAGUCAUCUUCAUUCUUUGAUACGAUGAUCAGUCAUCUGCGUUCAACAUCCAAGUAUUACACUGGUUAUCCAAAGGAUCUCGGGCCAUCAAGGGUCAUCCAUUUUACAUCAGAACGUGAAUUUGUCCAGCUCUUACAUGAAGGUUAUCCUGUUGUUGUGGCAUUCACCAUCAGGUGUAAUCUAACAAAACAUCUUGACAAUGUAUUGGAGGAAGCUGCAGCUGAGUUUUAUCCACAUGUGAAAUUCAUGCGAGUUGAGUGCCCCAAAUAUCCUGGUUUUUGUAUCACGCGGCAGAAGAAGGAAUAUCCAUUUAUAGAAGUAUUUCAUAGUCCAGAACAAGCAUCUAACCAGGGAAAGGUUGCUGAUCCUAACAUUACAAAGUACUCUGUGAAGGUUCUACCUUUCCAUAACGACACCAGCGCCUAUGGGUUUAGAGAAUUUUUCAGGCGUAAUGGAAUACGGUCAUCAAAUCCACAGUAAACAUCUGGUGAGGAGUGAGUUCAUGUUUAUCAUGGUUGAUCAGAUGCAACAGAUUGAAAAUAAAGGAUUAAGUUUCGCUGCUUUGUUUCAAUCUGUACAGAUAUUUUAUGUUUUAACAACUGUCAUGUUUAUCAGUUCUUGCGCUGGAAGUAUGUCUCUCUUUAGGUUCCCUCCAACAUUUCUUGUUUGAAAUUCAGAUCUAAUUUCAGCAGUGUGAAUGAAGCUUUGUAUAGUUAAUAUCU